CUUCAACUCCUUCCUCUUCAACCAAAACCAAACACACACCACACCACACACACAAAAAUGUCCGCCCCCACCUCGACCGUCCCCGUCACCUGCUGCGGCCGCUCAGGCGGCUGCGUCUGCGCAAAAGAAGCCACCUGCUCCUGCGGCAAACAACCCGCCCUCGCCUGCAACUGCGAAAAAUCCGCCACCGAGAACAAAGUCGACGGUGCCCGCUGCAGCUGCAACCAGCGCGCCGCCGGCGCCUGCACUUGCUCGCGCUCGUCGCAGGAAAACACCAAGCCCUCUGGCAGCACUUGCGCUUGUGGCAAGAGAUCGAAGGAUUCUUGCUCUUGCAAUGGUACUGAGAGUGGUGCUUCUGCCCAAUCUUACCCUGAUGAGAUUGAUUUCACCACAAAGGCUUAAAUGUCCUGCGAUGAUUACACUUCACCUAUCACGACGACAAACAACAACAAUAACAAUAUAAUUCUUAUCUGCAUGACCGACGGAAACAAAGGUCGACUGGCGUUCUGGGACUUGGAAGCUUUUUGAGAGCAUCGGACAAGAAUGGGGAAUUCGGAUACCACUAUUGGGAGGGGACAGAAAC